ACCACACACGCAAGCAGCGCUGCCACUCACUCGCGUAUUUACACGUAUCGCUGCUAUAUCACACACACACACACGCACAUCUCCCCCCGACAUGCCGAUACUCGACAUGGACGCGGCGUGUCACCAAGACCCCGUCUGUCGCCAGGAACAACCGCCACCGCAGCAGCCGACAGGUUGUCACCCGGAGCACUGCCCGACGCAGGAGUCGCCGGCCGACGACGGCACGACGCUGAACAGCGACGACAAGAGCGUCGCCGGAAAGAAGGGCGGCAGCGGCGGAGCAGGCGUGCGACGGCAGGAGAAGCCGCCCUACUCCUACAUAGCUCUGAUCGUCAUGGCGAUCCAGAGCGCGCCGACGAAGCGCCUCACGCUCAGCGAGAUCUACCAAUUCCUGCAGGCACGCUUCCCGUUCUUCCGCGGCUCCUACCAGGGCUGGAAGAACUCCGUCCGGCACAACCUCUCCCUGAACGAGUGCUUCAUCAAGCUACCCAAGGGACUCGGCCGACCGGGAAAGGGUCACUACUGGACGAUCGACCCGGGCAGCGAGUUCAUGUUCGAAGAGGGCUCUUUCCGGCGCCGCCCGCGCGGAUUCCGCCGCAAGUGUCAAGCGCUGAAGCCGUACGGCAUGGGGAACCCGGCUAUGAUGGGGUCGCCGUACGAGAUGCUCCAGCACGGGUCCUCGGGCAUGUCGUGCGGUAUGACCACCGCCGCUAGCCAGCACUACGACGGCAUGAUGGGCGGAGGCGUCGGCUCGAUGGGACCGCCCGGAAUGCCGCCUAGCGUCAACCACACCAACAUGGCGUCGCCGCCGCAGAUGCCGACGACGCCGCACUACAUGCCCAGCUGCUCGCAGCCGACCGAGUACGGCGCGGCGGCGGCG